UAUACCUUUGGCCAAUUGGUCCACAGCAGCCAGUAUACCCGUGCCCCGCCCACUCUUUUUACGGGUUCAGAGGACCUGACCCUCGAAAGAGGGUGCUCUCCACAAUAACAACACCACCAAAAUAACAAAAUUGAAGCCGGCACCAACAAAAGCGCGUCAAAACAGCCACAAAAUGAAUCCCGGAAGCCUCAACGAUGUUGAAUCUCGUGUAGCUUCGGCUGCUACAUGGUUUAAUGAAGGUUACUGCGAUUCUGUAUCAGCAGCGGCUCGGAAAUUCGGGGUUCCCCGAGCCCGGUUAAGAUACCGCUUGGAGGGCCGGCAACCAAGAAAGGUCGCCCUGCCACCAAUACGACCUUGACACGCACCUAAGAGGUUGCGUUAUGCCGCUACAUUGAUAGGCUUGACUAUAUCAACCUGGCUAUACGCCCCAAGUUCAUUACUGCAGCGGCCAACCUAAUCCUACAGGCUGCAUUCAGUUCGCGGCCUUCAGCCAAGCCGGUUGUUGUUGGUCCUAACUGGACCACACGCUUCAUCAAGCGUAACAACUAUUCCCUGCGGCGUCAGAAAACAAUGGCCUCUGACUGCCAGGACUCUGAGAACCUUGAACGGGUCGAAGGCUACUUCAGGAGGCUUCGUGAGGUCAUCGCGAAGCACGGCAUACCCCCUGAGAACAUAUGGAAUCUGGAUGAGACGGGGUUCCGUAUAGGGAUCGGGAAAGACCAGCUUUGUGUGACCGGAAGGAAUAGGGCGCAUUUAUUCGGCAUCCUAUUACAAACCACUCGACUGUUAGGGUC